AUGCUGCCUCAUCACAAAUAUAGUUACAUCCCAAAGCAGAACAAGAAGCUCAUAUAUGAGUAUUUGUUUAAAGAGGGUGUUAUUGUUGUAGAAAAAGAUGCCAAAGUUCCACGCCAUCCGCACCUGAACAUUCCCAACUUGCACAUCAUGAUGACUCUCAAAUCUCUCAAAAGUAGGAACUAUGUUGAAGAGAAGUAUAAUUGGAAGCACCAGUACUUCAUAUUGAACAAUGAAGGCAUCGAAUAUCUGAGGGAAUUCCUGCACCUGCCACCAUCGAUUUUCCCUGCCACUCUAUCGAAGAAAGUUGUUAAUCGGGCUCCAAAAAUUGAGGAGGAAUUUUCAAGGGAACUUAGACAACCCAUGGGAAGAGGUCGAUCAUAUGAUAGGAGAACCUUUGAGUAG